AUGUUCAGACUAACAUUAGGCGAGGGAUAUGGGCGGCUGUCAGGAGAGCACGGACUGACUAUUGGCAACCUCGUGCAAGCAACUGUGGUCGUGGCAGACGGAUCUAUCUUGACGGCUAAUGAAACGGAAAAUGGUGAUCUAUUCUGGGCUAUUAGGGGUGGUGGCUGUAACUUCGGUGUCGUCACUGAGUUCGUCUUCAAAUUGUACGAGCAGCGAAGGACCAUCUAUGCAGGAGUUUUGAUUUAUCCACCGUCUCUCGUGAACACACUGAUACAGGCUCUCAACAACUGGUGGCAAAAGGGUCCGUCGAAGAAGGAGGGUAUUACGCUGGUUCUUACCUGUGAUUCUCCGCCUGAAUGCUAUCCGUGCGCUAUCAUCAUGCUCUUUUAUAACGGCUCGGAACAGGGCGGGAGAACAGUAUUCAAGGCAUUCCUUGACCUAAGUAAGUCGCCUCGGGCUGGUUCGCAACGAAGUGUGUUGGCUAAACCCGACCCAGAACCGCUUGAUCAAACAUCGGAAAUGCCGUAUGAGAACUUGAAUACACUCAUGAAUCCCAAUGUUUACCACGACCAAUCGAUCUACUUGAAAGGUGUCAAAUUUUCAAUGAUACAACCAGACGAGGCAUGUGCAAUCCUUGGAAAAGUCGCAGAGGUCACCGCGGACGGCUCUUUCCGGAUGAUUAGUGCGUUCGGGUUCUUCCCUCAUGAAAGAAUCAGCUCUGUCCCGAAGGACGCGACUGCAAUGCACAAACGAGCCUUCCAGAAAAACGUCCUGACAACUUGCCUUGGGAUGCAAACACGCCAGAGAAUUUGA